ACUACAUUAUUUCGUGCUUAAUCCCUAACCCUAACUCUUAUACGAACGAACAUGGGGGAUGAGAGCAAAAGCAGUACCAUCUCUCUAUGGUGGAGACAAGAAGCAUGUUAUCCUUGGCAUCACCGUCGUAAGCGUCACCUUCGGUAUGCCAUGGUUUUUCAGGAACGGAGAAACAAAGCUUCAGUCUAUCUUCAAGAGAAAAUCCCACCGGUGGACACGGCCACAGGGGAGUAUGGGUUCAUUGUCCUUGCUCAAGACACGAUGGAUUCGAAUUCGAUCCGUUAAUGUAUAAAUCCGAUCGGAUUUCAGAUCGAACUAUAGGAUGUUGCAGAUUUCUAAUAGAAUCGAAAUCGGAGGAAGGUAAAUCCGAUCCGAGUCCGAUCCGAUUACAGCCUAUCACUUUUUCGGAGGCUAUCAUUGGAAAUCUGUCUUCCGCGUAACGACGGUUUUGAUUUUAUUUUUGGUGGGCUUUCCAAAAAAGUUGAUUUUUGGUGGGAGAUUCAAAACUACAAAGUGAGAAAGAGAGAGACAACACUCAAAAUGAUUCAUCACAUUUCUCAUUUCCUGGUUUUUUUAGUACUGGUAUCUCUUUCACCACACUGCCAGUCAUGGGGUUGGUUCUCUUCUUCCACAACAACAACCCAUCAGAAUAAUUACCCUUCAAAGAUAGUGUCAGCCUCUGAAUUCUCCAUGGAGAUUCUAAAUGAUAGAAAGGGAAUUAAGUUGAUUGAAAAUGCAAGAAGCAAGUUGGUCAGUACUAAUUCAUGUUGGCAAAAUGCUUAUCGGAAUCUCUUUGCUGGGUGCUCAGAAAUUAUUGCAGAUAAAGAAAAGCAAUCUAGACUUGCUUGGCAUCUCAGUGAUUGCUUCCAAAAGGAUUCUGGAAGAUUACCUUUCCCGUCCUGUGGUACUGGUACUCCCAUGGUGAAAUGCCUCAAGAAUUUGGAUGAGUUCACGCAUAAAAUUUACCUUGAAUUCUUCCUUGAAACCAAUUCUAUCUGCCAUCAGUUACAGGCUGAUGCAUUCAAGCAAGAAACUGAGAGACUGGUUAAUGAUUUAAAGAGGUCUGCUGAAGUAGCAGAAGGCAAAUUAGAAAUUAUAGAAGAUAUAUCAGAGCAACUAUUACAGAAUUCAAACCAAAUCCAUGAUUCAUUAACUUCAAUUGAUACAAAAACCCAACAAGUAGUGCAGAAGUCAAAGGAUGUUGAAGGUCAGAUUGAUGCUGUACUUAAUCAUUCAAUAGCAAUUUUUGAGCAAUCGAAAGGAAUUGCAGCUUCCCAAUCAGAACUACAAGAAGGACAGGAAAAAAUGAAGGAUAUAUUGGAGGGAGGGAUGGCAAUGCUUCAUGAAUCUUACCAGAGUUUGGGUCAAGAAGUAGAGAAGCUGAGAAGUGAGACUGUAGAGAUAGAGAGGGAGAUAAAUAAAGUCGGGGAUUCAAUGUCCUUGAAGAUGAAGAAUCUUCAAGACAAAGCUGAUGAUAUCGGGGAUAUUGCAGGUUUAUCAUUGGAUAAGCAAAAGCAACUUCUUGAUGGACAGUUUGUAGCUCUUGAAGGCCUAGAUUUCCUUACCAAAUUUCAAUCUCAAGCACUAGAAGAAAGCAGGGCAACACUACAGAAGCUAGCUGAAUUUGGUCAAAAGCAACAAGAAGAACUUCUCCAACGUCAAGAACAACUCCAACAGGCCCAUGAUCAUCUGGUUGAAAAUUCAAGAUCAAUAUUGGAAGCUCAGGAAGCUUUUGAAUUGAAGCAAGCAAGCAUGUUUAUGGCUUUAGAGAAGCUCUUCAUGCUGCACAAUGCUAUCUUACUUGAAUCACGGUCAAUUAAGACUUUCUUCUUUUACUCCUUUGCUAUCUUUAUCUUUUACAUGCUCACUAGUGCAAAGCAAACUUAUUGUGUGAGGCCAAGGAUUUAUCUAGGACUGUGUGUCACAUUCUUGGUUGAACUUGUAGUAGUCAGACUUGGGGCUGAUGACCUUGAUCAGCAAACUUGGAUUGCAUCUAAAAUAUUAAUGGCUAGAUCAUUGUUCCUAAUGGUUGCUUCAUUUCAGAUACUGUACUCCAUUUUCACUUACAGGGACUAUGAAGUGUUAAAUCAUCAGUUGCUUUUGAAACUCAUGGAAAAGAUUAACAACAUUGAAAGAAACAAAUUAUUUUCCUUGGAGGACACAGAGAGUGAUGUGAACUUAUCUUCAUGGGUUGAUACAGAAUUACCAGAAGAUGUUGAUAAUUGUGAAGACCCUGAUUAUAUAUUUCCAGAAGAAGUUGGAGAGAAUUCGGUUAUGACCACUUCAAUUACAAGAAAGAAUUUGCAAUUUUGGAACUUCAAGGAUUCAUAUUUUGUAAAUUGGCUAUUGGAUUGUGUCAGUUGGGAGUGCUUUAAAUGGGGUAAGCCUGGGCAUUUCCCAAGGGAGUGUCCAUCUGGUGAUGGGGUGAGAAGCAGAAGCUGCAGAGCCUGUGGAUAUGCUGCUAGGAUAAGCAGAAGAGUUGUAACUUGUGUUCUAACAGAUGCUGAGUACAAUGUUUUGGUCAGAUGGGGUCCUAUGCUUUCUGACGUGUAACUUGAGUUCGGUCUUAUACUGUGGUCCGGACCCCUUUUGUCCAUGGUUAAUUGCAAUUCUGGAUUCUCCAGUCUGGUUUUUAGGGAGAAUUGAUGGUGAUAACAGCACAUGUUGUAUGAUAUCUGAUUCCACUGAAUAAUUAUUUGAGGCUGGUCACUAUGGGGAGUCUGCUUCUCAUCUGGGAAUGGAGGUGGCCUUAGAAUAACCAUAGAGAGGAAUCCUUGGGAGGAAUCGGCAUAAUGUUUAUUCUUGUAUCCGAUUUGUUUCAUCGUCAUUGAAAAAAUUUUAAUCAUUUUAACC